GCAACACAGCCAGUCUCUCAGGAACUCCUUGUCAGAGCACAAGGUGGGCUGAGAGAGAGGCACCAAGAGGACUGAGAGGAUGGGAAACUCUCUGCUGAGGCAAAACAGGUGGCAGCAGAACACUCAAGAGACACCCUGGAAUCUGAGAAAUCAAAACCACAAACAGAGAACAUCCAGAUGCUGGGACUGCCACAUUGCUGAAGAGUGUUUCUGCCUUCCCUGGAAAAAAAUACACAAUUUUAAAGCAGAGCAAGAUUCCCAGAAGGAAAAUAAAGGAACAACAUCCACUCCCAUCCAGGACAAUGCUGACCAGAACUCCUUGGAGGAUCUGUGCUACACCCUCAUCGAUCACAGCGUCCCCAGGAGAAGGCCAUCAGGGAACUCUGCUGAGGGGUGGUAUGAGAAUAUAUCCCCAGAGACCGAGAGACCUAGAGAGUCAUUGAGAGGAACCGAGACUGAGUACUCACUGGUCCAUGUGCCCUCCACCCCUAGACAUGCACCUUCCCCAGAAGAUGAAUAUGAACUCCUCGUGCCCAGAGUCUCCUCUCACUCCCUGCAACAGUCAUGUCCACUUAGGCCCCCUUCUGAGACGCCAUCUGCCCACUUAUAUUGAAGCGGUUGGACCAGCAUUUGUUUAACACCGGCAAAUAAAAGCUGGGGGUGGGGGCUCUGGUUAAAGCAGGCAUGGGGCACAAGGCCUUUCUGGCUUACCUCCCCCUCACCUAACAGCCCCUUCUACAAGGGUCUCGGCAAAACAUGGUUUGCAAACCACAAGGUUUGCAAACCACAAGGUAUCCUGCUCAAUACCCAACAUCAAAAGAUCAACCAACUAUCCUAAACACCACUCUUUGAGAAGAGGGUGGCUGUUUUUGCUUCUAAGUGGCUUUGGAACUACUGCACUACUCAGUGGCAGGAGGGGGGCUCCCUGGUCCCCUAUAGCAGUGCGUAUCACAAAGGUCUCUGCUCCCCUUCUGGGUUCUUCUUAUAAAAUGCACACAAUUGUCCUCUGAAGUCACAAGGAAGCUUUACUCAUCAUACUAAGUGUACCCAGGGGGAGUCCACUUGUUCCACAUGUUUGUGGGCCCGACUCCUCACUUGUAGCCUUCUAGGUGGGUGCCUGUGCAAUCCUCUCACUCCAUGCCUCUAAAUGGUGUCCUUGGCAUAGUGUCCUUUGACUCAUCGGCCCUCUUGGCUUGGUUGGUUACAUGGGUUGAAUCAGCAAGUUCCAGGCCAGGUUUUUAUAUAAUUUUUAAUAUAAUUUUAAUCUAUAUUUUUAAUCUUGUAUUUCUCCCUAUAAAUCUUAAUAAUAAAAUCAUAGCAUCAGAGACUGAUAGAGUAGAAAGUCCUUUGGAGAUCCUCUAACCCCACUAUCCUUUUUUGGCUCAGAGAGGAUAAUUAGCCCAACAUAACACUGCAGGUUAGUGGCAGAACUUUAUCCAGAGCCUGAUUUCCUGGCUUCCAGUUCAGUGCUCUUCCAACAUACUAAAUAGACAAGCCUCUGCUGUAUGGCAUGUGUGUGUAUUAAAUAAUAUGUCAUGUAUAUAUAUAAAAUAUGAAUAAAAUGUCCACAUUGGAAAAAUGACACACUCCUUCUCUAAUGAGCAUUUCUCUGGA